AUGACGCUCCCCGUAGGUGGAAUGUCUGCCGGCUUCGUAGUCAGCGACUUCGUAGCCGAAGCCGUACCUCACUCCACACUAGCCAGCUACACCUUCAAGGCCGGCAUCGAGCCCAACGUCAUCCCCACGACCUGCGCCGCCCAGCCCAACACCUUCAGCAGGCUCGUGAGCGUCGGCCGCACCGCGUGCCAGGAUGACACGAAGUACACGUGGUCGUGGACCUUCGACGACGACGGCAGCUCGCAGCUGGAGCUGUGGUUCGAGUUCCCGAGCGGCGACGACAGGGUCCUGCAUGGCGUGCGCAAUAUACCCGCCGAGCAGAUCGUGUGGACCAACCAGCAGAGUCCCACUGGUACUGUGCAGGCUUACGAUGGCCCGGAUAAUUUCACUGUUUCCUAUCUCCCAGAUUGA